UCGUGUUGAGUCCGACGUGGUGAGUGGUCGUGUGGUAAAUUAAGCUCGCGACUAUCACAUAUUUUUGUGAAAAAAUCAUUUAAAAAACCAAAAAAAAAAAAUAAAAAUAUAUAAAAAUCAACAAAAAAAAUUGCAAAAAGUAGCAAAAAUCGAGCAAGUGUAUAAAACUUCUUUUAAGUUUUUCUUUUGUGUAGAUUUUUCUCUUCAACGUUAUUGAAGAGAGCAAUUGAAAGAAGCGUGCAAAGAUAAAUUGUAUCCGACAGAUAAUAAAAUGAAUUCUGGAGGACCCAACUAUCAAAUGGCAUCACUUUAUGUUGGCGAUUUACAUCAGGAUAUCAACGAGGCUGGUUUAUUUGAAAAAUUUUCAACCGCUGGUCCGGUAUUAUCCAUUCGAGUUUGCCGUGAUGUAAUUACACGUCGUUCACUGGGCUAUGCCUAUGUAAAUUUCCAGCAACCAGCUGACGCGGAACGCGCGUUAGAUACGAUGAAUUUUGAUUUAAUUCGUAACAAGCCUAUACGCAUUAUGUGGUCACAGCGGGACCCAUCUUUGCGUCGUUCGGGCGUGGGAAAUGUCUUUAUUAAAAAUCUUGAUAAAAGUAUUGACAAUAAAGCGAUUUAUGACACUUUUUCUGCGUUUGGCAACAUAUUGAGUUGUAAAGUUGCAACCGACGAAAAGGGCAAUUCAAAAGGAUAUGGUUUCGUACAUUUUGAAACCGAAGAAUCAGCUAACACUUCGAUAGAAAAGGUCAAUGGCAUGUUGUUAAAUGCUAAAAAAGUCUACGUAGGUAAAUUCAUUCCACGCAAGGAACGCGAGAAGGAAUUGGGAGAAAAAGCAAAACUGUUUACUAAUGUGUACGUAAAGAAUUUUGGAGAAGAUUUUGAUGACGAGAAGUUGAAGGAGUUAUUUGAGCCUUUCGGAAAAAUAACCAGCUAUAAGGUAAUGGUUAAAGACGAUGGGAAAAGUAAAGGUUUCGGCUUCGUAGCUUAUGAGACCACCGAAGCAGCUGAAGCCGCUGUUGACGCGUUAAAUGGAAAAGAUAUGGGCGAGGGUAAAGUGUUAUAUGUUGCUCGUGCACAGAAGAAAGCUGAACGCCAACAAGAACUGAAGCGCAAGUUCGAAGAAUUAAAGAAGAAACGGCAAGAAUCGGUAUUUGGCGUUAAUUUGUAUGUUAAAAACUUGGAUGACAGUGUAGAUGAUGAGCGUCUACGCAAAGAAUUUUCGAUGUAUGGUACCAUUACAUCUGCCAAGGUUAUGACCGAUGAAGAGGGACGUUCCAAAGGUUUUGGAUUUGUCUGCUUCAUUUCGCCCAAUGAAGCAACCUGUGCCGUCACUGAAGUGAAUGGACGUGUGGUCGGUUCGAAGCCAUUGUAUGUAGCUUUGGCUCAACGUAAAGAAGACCGUAAAGCACAUUUGGCAUCACAAUACAUGCGUCAUAUGUCGGGUAUGCGUAUGCAACAAUUAGGUCAAAUAUUCCAACCAAACGCCGCAGGCGGCUUUUUCGUACCAACCAUGGCGCCAGGGCAACGUUUCUUUGGUCCACAAGUGACCCAACCGAUUCGUAAUACACCAAGAUGGGCACCACAGGUGCGCCCUGCCGCUGGCGUACAAGGUGUCACACAGGCUGGCGCUGCAGCCGCUGCUGGUAGCUUCACAAAUGCCGCCGCCAUGGCAGCAACCGGUAACGCCCAGUUCCGCCCAGCAGCAGCCGCUGCCCGUGGCCAACCGCAGACAGUUCAAGGCGCGCACGCUGCAGCCGCCGCUGCCAACACAAUGCGCAAUACUGGCGCACGCGCUAUCACAGGUCAGCAAACAGUCGCUGCGGGUAAUAUUCCAAUGGCUGGAGCACCAAUUACUGCAGGCGGUGCUCAGCAACGCGCUGCCAACUAUAAAUAUACCGCCAACAUGCGCAAUCCACCUCCACAACCGGUCCAACAACAACCGCAAGUGCAGCCAAUGCACCAGAAGGGUCAAGAGAAGCUAAUUGCUUCUUUAUUGGCUAAUGCCAAGCCACAGGAACAAAAACAAAUUUUGGGUGAACGCUUGUAUCCUAUGAUCGAGCGCAUGCAUCCACUUAUGGCUGGCAAGAUUACCGGAAUGUUAUUAGAGAUAGAGAAUUCCGAAUUGUUGCACAUGAUAGAGGAUCAAGAUGCUUUGAAAGCCAAAGUUGAAGAAGCUGUUGCCGUUUUGCAGGUUCAUCGUGUUGCUGAGCCAACUAAUUAAAAUACCUUUAUGGAAAUCACAUCAUGCUAGCCGAACUAAAAAGUUUCGUAAUUUUAAAUAUGUUAUUCAUACUGCUUCUAGCCUCAACGUCAGAAAACACAGAAAUGGUCCUCAUUAUUCAAUUCAGAACAAAAAACGUCAGGUAGAUAUGAUAUAAAUAUGUAAUAUUUUUUAAAAAUUGAAAACUGAAUAAUGAGAACCACAUCUAAAAAGUAAUACCAUUUAACAUUCGCUGAAAAUCUUUUGUCAACUUUCAACUUUCAUGAUUUUCCCCAUAAUAAUUAAGAUUCAUGCCUUUUCGCUUCUGAUUUCAGUUAAUUACCUUUUCAAUUCAACCAAUCAAAACGCAAGCGUUUUUUAACAUACAAUCAAUAUAACAUCCUAGCGAGUAAUGCAAAGCUGCCAAGUGACGUGUACACAGUAAUUUCAAAACUGUGUAUUAAGAUUAUAUGAAAAUCAAGAACUAAAACUGAAAAUGAAAAAAUCAAAACUUGGAAUAGAAGAAGAAUUGAAACCAAGAAUUCGGAAGGUGGCACGCCGAAAGAAACAAAAGCAAAACUGAAAACCAGCCACACUUGUGGUUUGAAUUUUAUAAUUUCCUAAAAUUGUAAUAGUUUCAUAAUCUCUGGCGCGAUGAGGUAAUUUUAAUAUAUUUUUUUUUUAUAACCACCACCACCAACUACAACAACCAUACUAAACUCAUACAAGCAUUGCAAACAAUACCAAAUUUUCAUAUUUUUCACUUGAAUAAAAAUUUGUUUUUGUCAUUUACUUGAAGCAAAUGCGUUUCAGUGUACAUUUGUAAUGGAUUAUAAUUUGAAAGUUGCUCUAUUUUGUAAUGAAUGCAUUUGGUUGAAUUGAAGAGAGUUUCAUCUUCUAUAUACUUGAGAAGCGAUUGGGCAGGCUUAGGUAAACAAAAGUAAUUAACAUGUAUGUAAGAGAGAAAUAAUUGAAAAAAUCAAACAAAAAAAUUGCAAAAGCGUAUGAAAAAAUGAAAAAUUUGGAGUGUGGUUAUUCAAACAGAUAAAAAAUAUUAAUAUCAACCGAAAAGAACGGCUCAGUUCUGUCAUCCACUCUCUGAAUGUAAUAAAACAAACAAACAACAUGAGAAUAGAAUUGCUUGUAAAAGAAAAUAUUGAAUAGGGCGAAAAAGUAAACGUUCAAUGAUUUUUUGCUACUUUAAACAAAUAUAAUAAAAAUUGAAAAUAUAUAUACGUCAGACACAACCGCUGACAAGCAGAACUUAAAAAUAAAAACAAAAAAAAUCGCAAAAUUAAUAUAAAAACGGUCCUAGCUGACCAGAAAAACACAAUAAAUAUAAUGAAUGAAAUAACUGAAUUAUAAAUAUACAACUUUUAUCAAAUAUAAAAAACAUAGUAUGUGUAAGACCGUUGAUAAAUUUCAAAGUCGAACCGCGGGAAUAUUUUCAAUUGCGCCCGAUCAAAUGUGUGGAUGGGCAUGCAAAAUACAGGGUGGACCAUAAGUCCCUUCAUAUUUGAAUGUGUACGUGAGAGCGAUGUCGAGUUAGGAAAUGCAAGAUUACGGUCGAAGCAAGGAUUUUUCGAUAAUGAAAAUUUAAAAUAGUUUCCGAAAACCUUUGUCAUGAACAACCUGAACUCGUAUUACUGUACCCGAAAAUCGGAACAUCUUUUUAACCGCAAUCCGAAAUUCAAAUAUUGGGUAGUCGAAAAAGUAUUUUCGUACUUCUAAUCAAACUUCAACUUAUUUUUUUUAUAUUGCAAAAAUAAAAGCUUAUUUAUCUAGUUUUUCUCAUUAUUUAGGCAUUAGGACACCUUUUGGUCCACCCUGAAGCAAUGGUAAAAAUUCAGUAAUAAAUCAAUUCCAAUAUUGAACAAUAUUUUAACCGAACAAUAUAAAAAUUUAAUUAUACCUAUCUUGAUCUGGUGAAAUGAGAAUUUAAAUAAAAUAUAAACUUUUGGCAUAAG